AUGUUCGCGCUAAUUCCUUUGGCUCUACUCCAAACAGCAAAUGGUACAGUCAACCAGAAGUGGCUCUUCUUACCCACUUUUCCGUUCCCAUUUCCAGCAGUCGGAUACAUUCCUCUCGAAACUAACAGUCUUAUGAGAAACGUCGUCAGUUAUGGAUCUACUUGUGAUGCUCAGGCGGAGAACAAAAUCGCAUUGUGCUCGGAAGAGCUCACCAAUAUGGGAGUGUUCAGUCAGGACGGAGCCAAACAGACAACGCUAUCCGACAUGAAAACUCAUUCUCAACUUCACUUUGUGCAGAUGUGCGGGUAUGUUGAGUUGUUUUUUAAGAAAUUUACCAGGCGCCGAGGUAACUCUGUUUUCCAGCGCGUACCAGCGAUUCAACAACUGUCUCGGCGGAAGUUAUAUCAAACAGGCGUGUUAUCCGCAUGAGCCGCUCAAGUCCAGAUACUCGGUCGUCGACUCUGUUCUCGAUUACGUUUGCGGGGAGGGAUAUCAAUGUGAGAGAUUUCCAUACUGAAUAAAAUAAUCCAUAAAAAAAGUUUCAGCGAUGCUCAAUAACUGGAACUGCUACCUUUCUGUUGCCGAGAGUCGAGAGAUUGCCAUGUGCGAAGCAAGUUUUACUCAAUUGGCCCGGAACACGGAACAGAUGUACAAUGAUUAUUCAUCCGGAGCUGGAGCUUGUUUGUGAGUAUCCACUAAAUGUUCCAGUUUUUCCCCGUCGAACGCACAUUUUUCAGUGCCCUCCAAUCGUACACCGACUGCAUUCGUCCAGCCAUCGAAACUACAUGUGGAUUGGGAUCCUUCCUGACGGUCAUCCAAGCAGUCGAACGUCCCAUUCAAAUCUAUCUUCCAUUCUGUACACUCUCUUCCUCCAUGAUCUCAUUAAUUCCAUCACUUAUAAUUUCUUUGCUUUUGUUUGUCUUUCAUUUCUAAAAGUUGAUGUUGUUCGUUGUCAAACCCCUCAUUUUUUUACAUGUAUAAAGUAUUGCAUCUCAGUGAGAGUCGUGUCGUGGGAACGGGAGUGCGCGUGGUUGGUUACCACGGAGACCACCGACGCGAGGGAGGACGAGAGCGGCAUACUCUCCGCUCGUUUACGUAUUCCUGCAGAGUCAACCGAUCGAUAUGCAGAAAAUGUUGUCUCGUGAGGACGACGAAGACUUUUACGGUGGAUUCGACAGCUAUGAUAGCGCUUAUGAUAUUCAGGUAACUAUUUAGAGUGGAAUCUGCUCUCAUAUCAUUUAUUUCUCAGAGUAUCACUCAAAAUCCGCAAUUUCAACAAGCCGUUGCCCGAUCGAGUCAUGGAAGACGUCCGGUAACUGAUUCUGUUGAUUUUGAAAGGUUGACGUGUUUUUUCUAAGUGCAGACUGUUUCUCAAAUGGGAUUCCGCGACGGAACAUCGUCCUAUGGAAAACCACCGCCAACAAUGUCGAGUAAGUAACCAGUCAUUUUGUUUCGCAAUCGUUCCCGUUAUGCACAUUCAGUUCAAAGCCGAAUGGGCGGAGGCCGAACUGCGAUGGCGACUAACAACGAGCCGGUGAGACCGAUGACCGCGGUCCGUGCAGCCGGAUACACAUCGUUCGCAAACAAAGGUAAGACAGAUAUCCAAAAACUCGCGCGCCACAAAAACACACUCACUUUUUUUCAGUUCAAGCUGUGGAGAGAACGGUAGACACCGAAAACGUAGGCGAAAGGUAAAUUUUCUCGGAAACAACAAGGUAUUGGUUUUCAAAGAGAGUCUUGUAGUGGCGAGGACAAGUGUCAGAAAAUGGAGGCAAAGUGUAUGGAUAUGCUCCGUGAAAGUAUACUGGCAAGUGAGAAAAAGAAGUUUAAAGAGGCAAGAGCAAAUUUCUGAUUGUGCAAUAGAACAACAAAAUUUUCAGGCUCUGGACAAAGCCAAAGAAACUGGACGGCGGGAGAGGGCUGUGAUGAAGUACAGAGAACAGCAUAAUCUCACGGAGCAAAUGAAUUUGGACCUUACUUAUACAGUCCUCUUUAAUUUGGCAGAACAGUAUGAGGCCAAUGAGAUGACAAAUGAAGCUCUGCAUACGUACGACCUCAUUGUGCGCAAUAAAAUGUUUCAAAACUCGGGAAGGCUCAGAGUGAGUUUAUAGGUAACUUGAGGAAGUACAAGUUCGUUACAGGUCAACAUUGGAAACAUUCAUUUCAAAAAGAGAGAAUACCCAAAAGCCUUGAAGCACUACAGAAUGGCUCUGGAUCAAGUGCCAAGCAUUCAGAAAGAUACGAGAAUCAAGAUAUUGAACAAUAUCGGGGUGACUUUUGUUAGGAUGGGAAGUUACGAUGAUGCCGUGAGCACAUUCGAGCAUUGUGUCGAAGAGUCUGCCGAUUACACAACUGCUCUGAAUUUGAGUGAGUGAAAUCAAUGAUUCUUAUCAGAUUGUGUUUGAGUUUACAGUUUUGGUAUGUUUCUGUGUCCAGGAUGCUGAAAAGAUGAGAGAGUCGUUUAUAAAACUGAUUGAUAUUCCUUCCUAUCCGGAUGAUGAGUACAGAGAAAAAGACGACGAUGAUGUGUUGUUGAACCAGACUCUCAACUCUGAUAUGAUGAAGUCCUGGGAGAAGAAUAAGAAAGCAGAGAUUGAGAAGGCAAUUAUUACCGCUGUCAAAAUAAUCAGCCCUGUUAUUGCUCCUGAGUUCGCUUUUUUCUUGUUUCUGAAAUCAUUGUCUUUUUCCAGCUAUGCGAUUGGUUACGAAUGGUGUCUCGAGUCUCUGAAGCAGUCCGUUCACGCACCCCUUGCAAUUGAAUUGGAGAUGACAAAAGCAGGGGAAAUGAUGAAAAAUGGAGAUAUUGAAGGAGCCAUCGAAGUGCUCAAAGUGUUCAAUUCGCAAGAUUCAAAAACAGCCAGUGCAGCCGCCAACAACCUUUGCAUGUUAAGAUUUUUGGUGAGAUUGGUCCCUCCGGGUUCUCCUUCAGCUUUCCGUUUUUCCAGCAAGGCGGUCGACGUCUCGUUGACGCGCAGCAAUACGCCGACCAGGCGCUCUCCAUGGACCGCUAUAAUGCGCACGCUCAAGUGAAUCAGGGAAACAUCGCCUACAUGAACGGCGACCUAGACAAAGCCCUAAGCAAUUAUCGGGAGGCUCUGAACAAUGACGCAAGCUGCGUUCAAGCAUUAUUCAACAUCGGACUGACUGCGAAAGCACAAGGCAACUUGGAACAAGCACUUGAAUAUUUCUACAAAUUGCAUGGAAUUCUCUUGAAUAAUGUACAAGUGCUCGUGCAAUUAGCGUCUAUGUGAGCAUCCGAGCUGAGCGAACUCUUUUCAGAAAAUUAUGUUUCCAGAUAUGAAUCGCUGGAAGAUUCUGCUCAAGCCAUCGAGCUGUACAGUCAAGCAAAUAGCCUGACCCCCAACGAUCCUGCAAUCCUCUCCAAGCUGGCAGAUCUGUACGAUCAAGAGGGUGACAAAUCUCAAGCAUUCCAGUGUCAUUAUGACGUCAGUGUUGAUUUACCUUCAAGUUGGUUUAACCAAUUUUUUUCAGGCCUAUCGCUAUUUUCCAUCGAACCUUGAAACUGUGGAAUGGCUGGCAUCGUAUUAUUUGGAGACGCAAUUUUCCGAAAAGUCCAUUAAUUAUUUAGAGAAAGCGGCUCUGAUGCAGUAAGAUUGUUUCGUAAUAAUUGCUAUUUUCACACUUCCGCAUUCAGACCGAAUGUUUCGAAAUGGCAAAUGAUGAUUGCGAGUUGCCUUCGGAGGACUGGCAAUUACCAACGGGCUUUUGAGCUCUAUCGCCAGAUUCAUCGCAAAUUCCCGCAGGACCUCGAUUGUCUCAAGUUCUUAGUGAGAAUUGCCGGAGACCUUGGCAUGCCCGAGUACAAGGAAUACAAAGAUAAAUUGGAAAAAGCGGAGAAGUACGUCAUGAACUUCCUGAAAAACAUAGAGACCUCAUUCCAUUUUUCAGAAUAAACCAGCUACGACUACAACGAGAAAGCGAUUCGAGUCAGGGAAAACGGCAUUCUGCGAAUUCCACGCAUUCUCUACCGCCAAGUGGUCUGACUGGUCUCGGAUCAGGGUCAGGUGGCUCGAGUGGCGGUGGUGUUCGCCAAUACAGCGCACAUGUUCCCCUUCUGCCGGAGACUAGCGCCCCCUUCACCGUGACUCAACGAGAUAUGAGUAUGAGCAAUUGGCUGAGAGGAUUAAUCAAAAGCAAAUGGUCCCUUUUCAGAAACCGAAGAUUUCUCGUACGAUGACCCUAUGGGCACGCCAUCGGCUCGACCAAAGACUGGAAAUCGUAAACUUCACACUGCAAACAACGACGACUUCGGAGAAUUUGAUGAUAGUCUCCUUCCCGAUUGA